AUGGUCCUCUACGAACUCGUCUGCAUCUCCUCCCGUCAAGCCAGCUUCGUAAGCAUCACCACAUCACCCGCCCGAACACCACUGCACGCAGAUGAACUGAUCGCAGCCUCCCACCCCCUCUCAUAGGCCCCCAUCCGCGCCCUCACCACCACCACCACCUCCCUCGUCACGUCGAACGGUGGCGUGGUGAGGAGCUUGGACCACUGGGGGACUCGCAACUUGCCGCAGAGGAUGAAGAGGGGGGAUGGAUCGAGCUUGGAGGGCGUGUAAGUUCGAGAGCGGCUUCUGGAGCUGCGGUCUUGCGCUCGCACUUUGUGCUGGGUGUAUGGGAUGGAGAAUGGAACUGGUACUGAUUCGUCUACGGUGAUUGCGGAUGUAUCUAGGUAUUGGACGAUGAGGUUCGACGCGAAUCCUCCGACGGUCAAGGCCUUGAACGAAAGGUUACGGCUCGAUCCUCGUGUAUUGCGGUAGGCUACCAACCCACACCGACGCAGAUGAAAUUGCCUGCUCCAAUCUCACCCCUGACCCAUAUUUCACUAGUUGGACGACCCUCAAAAUCGGCGAAAAGCUACACGAGAUCGCUCGACCGGCUGCGGAGGAUCCGACCGUUCGAUUCCGUCGACCUUUACCGAAGGGUCUGGGGAGUGGGAACAGUCCUUUGACGCAGGAUUCGAGUUAUUGA